AGAGCGGGCCUAAACUCCUCCCUCCCCGCAGAGUAUCGGAGGCUCGGUGGAGAGGAGGAGAGUUCUCCGUCUUUCUGCUGGCCUCUCGGAGUCCAUCUGUAGCUCUCUCCUUCUGCUCCCUCUCGUAAUGCAGAGCUGCUCACUCAGCCCCAGCUCUACAAUGGAGAGAGGUGUAAUUUUGGCUGUGUGUCUGCUGUGCUGGAGCUGCAGCGUGUGUGUGGUUACAGCAAUCAAGAGAGCUGAUAUGUUUCCUUAUGGCACUCUGAGUGGAGAUUUGAUUUUGGCAGAGGGCGACGAUGAAACCUCCAGAGUGCUGUCCCUGCCCAAACCCUUAUACUUCUACGGUUCCCUCUUCUCCCAGCUUUAUGUGGCCACCAAUGGUAUCAUAUCAGGCCAGGACCUGCCGAUGGAAAAGCAGUACGUUGACGACGGCUUCCCCACAGAUUUCCCCGUGGUGGCUCCGUUUCUGGCUGACAUCGACACCAGCGGAGGGCGUGGACAGAUUUAUUACCGAGUGACCGAAACGCCCAGUGUACUCAACAGAGUGGCCCAGGAAGUACAUCGAGGGUUCCCAGAUGCAAAAUUCACACCCACACAUGUUGUGGUUGCAACGUGGGAGAACGUUGCGGCAUACGAAGAACAAACUCGAACCACUGGACCUUCAAACAAGGUCAACACGUUCCAGGCAGUAAUUGGUUAUGAUGAGACCGACUCAUACGUUCUCUUCCUCUACCCUGAAGAUGGCCUGAACUACUUUGGGACACGCCCCAAGGAGUCUUAUAAUGUUGAGAUAGAGCUUCCUGCUAGAGUUGGCUUCAGCAGAGGAGAAAUCACAUAUCUAAUCUUCUCCCGAACUGAGGGACCGCACUACAGCGUCACCAGCGAUGAGCAGAGUGUUAAAAACCUCUACCAGGUUGGUAAUACAGGAAUUCCAGGUGUUUGGCUUUUCCACACUGGGAACCGUUACUCUUUUGACAACAUUGUUCCUGCAUCCAUCGGUGGCCUCCUUGAUACUCCACCAACUGGAGGACACGGCCUCUCCCUGGACAGCACCACCCCGGAGUACGGUGAGUUUGAGGAAUAUCCAGACAACACUUUUGACUCUGAUAACCAAGAGGAAGAAGAUGAUUACCCUCAUACAGGCGGGGACCCUGAAUUCCAGCCAGCCCCUGCUGGCGGUGACCACUCAGAAUCCCUACAACCAGCAAGUCCUGAUGCUCCCUCUUCGCCUUCAGAGGAUUCUGGUCAUCAGCUGUCAUACGGCAGAGAAGAUGUGCCACUGACCUCUGAACCCAGGUACAAUUCAGAGCCAGCAGAGAGGCAGUAUGCUCCCCCUUAUCCUCCAGAAAGAGUACCAGAGGGAGAUGCUCAGCGGACUCCGAAACGGCAACCACAGGUUCCUCUGGAGGUGGUGGAUGUCUACCCCUCUCACAGAAAUGAGCCCCCUCUUUCCCCUGGAGGUCACGUGGUCAGCGUGGAGGAAGACGAUGUUGAUUUUGACACAGGUGUGAUUCAGUACACUACAGAGAAUAAGGAAACAUGUGCCAGAUUCCAACAGCAGUGCUCUCAGAAUGCAUUUUGCUCCGACUACGCUACAGGCUUCUGCUGUCACUGCCGGCCUGGCUUCUAUGGAAACGGACGCCACUGUCUACCCGAGGGUGCUCCACAGCGUGUUAGCGGUAAAGUGAGUGGAACAGUGACCGUGGGUUUGACUCCAGUGGAGCUGAACAACAUUGAUCUUCACGCCUACAUCGUGGUGGGAGAUGGCAGAGCGUACACUGCCAUCAGCCAGGUACCCGAGCCAGUGGGCUGGGCUCUGAUGCCACUUGCACCAAUAGGAGAGCUGUUUGGAUGGUUAUUUGCUCUGGAGCUGCCCAAUAGCCAAGCAGGAUUUAAAAUCACAGGUGCUGAGUUCACUCGUCAUGCAGAGGUAAUCUUCUAUCCUGGCAACCAGCGCCUGUCAAUCAUUCAGACGGGCCGUGGCCUUGACGACCACAACCACCUCACUGUGGAUACUGUAGUUAGAGGCAACGUGCCCUUCCUGCCCCCUGGAGCUGAAGUUACCAUGGAUCCCUUCAAGGAGACCUACCAGUACUACCCAUCUGUUGUCACCUCCUCCUCUGUCAGGGAGUUUUCAGUCGUUUCGGCAGAGCGGGGCUCAGAGUCCUUCUCCUUCCAGCUGAAGCAGAACAUCACCUACCGCGACUGUCGACAUGACAACCGGGCCGCUGUCCUGGAGACGCUUCAGAUCACCAUGGAAAGGGUGUUUGUAAUGUACGUCAAGGAGGAGCGGAUCCUGAGAUACGCCAUCACCAACAAGAUCAGCCCAGUAGGAGUUGACCCAACGAGGCCGGAGCUGGUCAACCCCUGCUACGCUGGGAACCAUGACUGUGACACCACGGCCCAGUGUAUCCCGCUGGAGGGCCAGGCCUUCCAGUGCCAGUGUGCUACUGGUUACAGAGGAGAUGGACGCAACUGUUACGACAUAGAUGAGUGUGAUGAGGGCUUGAGUUCAUGUGGUGCUCAUUCUCACUGUGUGAACCUGCCUGGUAGCCACCGCUGCCAGUGCCAGAGUGGCUAUGAGUUUGGAUUCGACGGGCGUACCUGUGUUGAUAUAGAUGAAUGCAGCUCCACUCCAUGUCACAUCAGUGCCAGAUGUAUCAAUGGACUGGGUUCCUUCCUGUGUCAGUGCCAGCCUGGGUUUUAUGGAGAUGGUUUCUACUGUUCCCAGACGGAAGGACAGACAGUUCGCCCAAGGAGCCAGUGUGAGCAACACAGAGACAGCCUGCAGAGUGGAAUGGAACAAGGUGGUCCACCGAGUCCCGGGGCCUUCAUCCCUCAGUGCGACUCAGACGGACAGUACCAACCAUUGCAGUGUCACGGCUCCACUGGACAUUGUUGGUGUGUGGACAUUAGGGGACAGGAGAGAACAGGAACCAGGACACCACCUGGUACAGCACCCAAAGACUGUGACAGACCAGAUGAACCAGUGCGUCCUAAAACUCACUGUGAGCACCACAGAGACAGUGUACAGACCACCAGUCCAGAGGGAUAUCCUAUAGUUGGAGCCCAUGUACCCCAGUGUGACGCUAAUGGACAGUACACAGCUUUGCAGUGCCAUGGUUCCACUGGAUAUUGUUGGUGUGUGGACGGUAAUGGACAGGAGAGGGCCGGAACCAGAACACCACCUGGUACAACACCCACAGAUUGUGGCAAACCAGAUGAACCAGAACAUCCUAAAACUCACUGUGAGCACCAUAGAGACAGAGUACAAACUACCAGUCCAGAUGGAUAUCCUGUUGUUGGAGCCUAUGUACCCCAGUGUGAUGCUAAUGGACAGUACAGACCAUUACAAUGCCAUGGUUCCACUGGCCAUUGUUGGUGUGUGGACGGAAGGGGACAGGAGCGAGCAGGAACCAGGACUCCACCUGGUACACCGUCUGUAGACUGUGACAGACCAGGUGAACCGGAGCGUCCUAAAACUCACUGUGAACACCAUAGAGACGGAGUACAGACCACCAGCCCAGAGGGAUAUCCUAUAGUUGGAGCCUAUGUACCCCAGUGUGACACUAAUGGACAGUACACACCACUGCAGUGCCAUAGCUCUAGUGGAUAUUGCUGGUGUGUGGACAGUAGGGGACAAGAAAGAGCAGGAACCAGGACAUCACCUGGUGCACCACGAACAGACUGUGACAAAGCAGAUGAACCAGAGCGUCCUAAAACUCACUGCGAGCACCACAGAGAAAGAGCUCAGAUCACCAGCCCAGAGGGAUAUCCUAUAGUUGGAGCCUAUGUACCCCAGUGUGAUGCAGAUGGACAGUACACAUCAUUGCAGUGUCACGGCUCCACUGGCCAUUGUUGGUGCGUGGACGGUAGGGGACAGGAGAGAGCAGGAACCAGGACUCCACCUGGUACACCGUCCGUAGACUGUAACAGACCAGAUGAACCAGAGCGUCCUAAAACCUACUGUGAGCAGCACCGAGACAGUGUACAGACUACCAGUCCAGAGGGAUAUCCUAUACGAGGAGUCUUCGUACCUCAGUGUGAUUCAAAUGGACACUACACAUCCCAACAGUGUCAUGGCUCCACUGGCCAUUGUUGGUGUGUGGAUAGUAGGGGACAAGAGAGAGCCGGAACCAGGACUCCACCUGGUACACCAUCUGUAGACUGUGACAGACCAGUUGAACCAGAGCGUCCUAAAACUCACUGUGAGCACCACAGAGACAGUGUACAGACCACCAGCCCAGAGGGAUAUCCUAUAGUUGGAGCCUAUGUACCCCAGUGUGACGCUAAUGGACAGUACACACCACUGCAGUGUCAUGGCUCCACUGGACAUUGUUGGUGUGUGGACAGUAGGGGACAGGAGAGAGCCGGAACCAGGACUCCGCCUGGAACACAACACAAAGACUGUGACAGACCAGAUGAACCAGAGCGUCCUAAAACUCACUGUGAACACCACAGACACAGAGCUCAGACUACCAGCCCAGAGGGAUAUCCCAUAGUUGGAGCUUAUGUGCCCCAAUGCGAUGCUGAUGGACAGUACCGACCACUGCAGUGCCACAGCUCCACUGGACAUUGUUGGUGUGUGGACAGAAGGGGACAGGAGAGAACAGGAACCAGGACUCCACCUGGUACACAAACCAAAGACUGUGACAGACCAGAUGAACCAGAGCGUCCUAAAACUCACUGUGAGCAACACAGAGACAGAGUACAGACCACCAGUCCAGAGGGAUAUCCUAUAGUUGGAGCCUAUGUACCCCAGUGUGAUGCAGAAGGACAAUACCUACCUCGACAGUGCCAUGGUUCCACUGGCCAUUGUUGGUGUGUGGAUGGAAGGGGACAGGAGAGAGCAGGAACCAGGACUCCACCUGGUACACCGUCUGUAGACUGUGACAGACCAGUCCCUGUUACUCCAACCCAGCACCCUGAGAGUGUGUGUGAGCGAUGGAGGACCAGUUUGAUUGAGCACUAUGGUGGAAAACCAGAUGCACAACAAUACGUGCCUCAGUGUGAGCCAGAUGGACAAUUCAGUCCAGUCCAGUGUUAUGGAGAAACUACUUACUGCUGGUGUGUGGACCAAGACGGGCGGGAGGUUCCUGGUACCCGAUCACAUGAUGUCGUCAAACCUGCAUGCCUUCCCUCAGUGGCUCCGCCCACAGUGCGCCCAUUGCCCCGCCCGGAUGUGACCCCUCCAACAAACACUGACAUCACACUGCUGUACGCUCAGGGACAGAAAAUAGGAGCGUUGCCUCUCAACGGGACCAGACUAGAUGCAACCCGCUCCAAAACACUACUCACUCUACAUGGUUCCAUAGUUGUUGGUAUAGCCUAUGACUGCAAAGAAAACCACGUCUAUUGGACAGAUUUGUCUGCAAGAACAAUCAACAGAGCUUCAAUGGCGACAGGUGCUGAGCCUGAGAUACUCAUUAACACAAAUCUGGUCAGUCCAGAGGGUUUGGCGGUGGAUGUCAAACGUAGGUUGAUGUUCUGGGUCGACUCGAACCCUGACGUGAUUGAAAGCGCCAACCUGGAUGGCAGUGGGAGGCGGACGCUGUUUGACACAGACUUGGUCAACCCUCGAGCCAUCAUAGUGGUCUCUUCCAUCGGCACUCUGUAUUGGACAGAUUGGAACCGAGAGGCUCCUAAGAUCGAGAGUUCGUCAGUGGACGGUCAGAACCGCAUGGUGGUGGUGUCUGACGGGAUCGGUUUGCCAAACGCUCUCACGUAUGACUCUUCUUCUGGACAAGUCUGCUGGGCCGACGCAGGUACAAAGCGUUUAGAGUGUGUAUCCCCGGAUGGUUCAGGCCGAAGAGUGAUCCACCCCAGCCUCAACUACCCGUUCAGCAUGGUCUACUACAGGAACCACUUCUAUUACUCUGACUGGAGGAGGGAUGGAGUGAUCGCAGUGAGCAAAGACAGCAGUCAGAUCACCGACGAAUACCUGCCUGACCAGCGCUCUCACCUGUAUGGCAUCGCCAUUGCAACCAACCACUGUCUAUCAGGGAGCCACUAACAGCGGACUGGCAGCUGCAGGGUCCUUUGGUGCUAAAGUUCUGGGCCGAUUACUGAUCAGAGGGCAGGACCACGUUAAAACUCCUCUCCAGUGUCACUCAGAAGAAAAGGAAACUCAGUAGGGCGCAAGAUGGCUUCCUGUUGUCAGAUCGACCGUCGGAGCAAAUUUACAACCCCCUCCACUCACCCUGACCCCAUUAUCUCACCUUAAAGAUAUAACCCCAAAAUAAAUGUUUUGUAAAUUUGUUUUAUACCUCAUUUUUAGUUUUUUUUUUUUUUACUGUAUUUUUGUAUGCAAGUUGGGUUUUUUUUCUAUUGAUUUAAAGCUAUAGUACAAUGAAAUCAGAUUUUAAAAUGUAUACGUGUGCACAUUUUGUUCUUUAAAGCCAAAGAAGAAUCACUUGAAGAGCUUUCAAACUGUUGGAGCCAACGUUCUGUUGUGAAACAGAGCAUCAGAUUUCCUUUUGGUCAGCAGCUGGCCACGGUGGCUUUUUAAAUACAGUCAAAUUAUUUAGCUGUGGAUUCUGGACAAAAAUAAAAACAGGCAAAAGGAAUAGUUUAGUGUUUGGGAAAUGUGUUAUUUGCCUUCUUGAUGAGAAUAUUGACACCACAGAUAUGACAGUGGUAGAAAUCUCCUCAUCUAACCAAAGGCAAAAAAGCAAAUAAGCUUAGUGUCACUAUGACAACUUAAAGAUUUACAAGAAUUUAACUGAUGCAAGUCAAAAGGCUUAAAUAAGCAACAUGAUUAGACAAAACGUAGUAUUACAUACUCGGAAACAUGUAUUUGUUUGUUUUUUGAAAUGCCAUGAAUUAGGCUAAGUGGAAAUCUGUUGCCAUUGUUAGGUGACUGAAAUGAUUCCACCACAGUCAGAUCAGUGACUACAGUCCUGCCAUAUUUCUCUGCACUACUAAUCUGUAUUUCACACAUGAUGGAAGGAUGUUACAUUCUUUAUUUUUUUGCCAAAUAUUUUUACUACUACUUUUCAAAUCUUUCUUUUAUAAGAUGUGAUAUUUAUAACAAUAAAAUGUGAUUUGGUACUUGA